AGGCUCCGCUACUGAGGACCUGGAGGAAAACUUGCCGCCGAUAGAGGACAUUUUGGAGGUUUUGCUGCCUGGAAGAGGGGUCUCUGGAUUCCCACUCCUAGAUCUUUAUCGAAGAUUUGCAAAGAAUUAAAUUAGGGCCAUGGGGACCACGAAGGUCACCACACCUCUGAUCUUCGCCAUCUCGGUUGCUACCAUAGGCUCUUUCCAGUUUGGCUACAACACUGGAGUCAUCAAUGCUCCUGAGGCGAUCAUAAAAGACUUUCUCAAUUACACUUUGGAAGAACGAUCAGAAACCCCCCCGUCCAGCGUGCUCCUCACGUCCCUGUGGUCCUUGUCUGUGGCCAUCUUCUCCGUGGGUGGCAUGAUUGGUUCCUUCUCCGUCGGACUCUUUGUCAACCGAUUUGGCAGGCGCAACUCAAUGCUUAUUGUCAACCUGUUGGCCAUAGCUGGCGGCUGCCUUAUGGGAUUCUGCAAAAUAGCAGAGUCAGUUGAAAUGCUGAUUUUGGGCCGACUGAUUAUCGGCCUCUUCUGCGGACUCUGCACAGGAUUCGUGCCCAUGUACAUUGGAGAGAUCUCCCCUACUGCCCUGCGGGGCGCCUUUGGUACUCUCAACCAGCUGGGCAUCGUUAUCGGAAUUCUGGUGGCCCAGAUCUUUGGUCUAAAAGUCAUCCUGGGGACUGAAGAUCUGUGGCCUCUGCUGCUGGGCUUCACCAUCUUACCAGCCAUCAUCCAGUGCGCUGCCCUUCCAUUUUGCCCUGAAAGUCCUAGAUUCUUGCUCAUUAACAGAAAGGAGGAGGAGAAGGCAAAGGAGAUCCUUCAGAGACUCUGGGGCACCGAGGACGUGGCUCAGGAUAUCCAGGAGAUGAAGGACGAGAGUAUGCGGAUGUCGCAGGAGAAGCAAGUCACAGUGCUAGAGCUCUUCCGUGCCCCCAACUACCGGCAGCCCAUCAUCAUCUCCAUCAUGCUCCAGCUCUCCCAGCAGCUCUCUGGGAUCAACGCGGUGUUCUACUACUCGACAGGAAUCUUCAAAGAUGCGGGUGUCCAGGAGCCGGUCUACGCCACUAUCGGCGCAGGUGUGGUCAACACCAUCUUCACCGUGGUGUCUGUGUUCUUGGUGGAAAGGGCUGGGAGGAGGACUCUACACCUGAUUGGCCUUGGAGGGAUGGCUUUUUGUUCCAUCCUCAUGACGAUUUCUUUGUUACUAAAGGAUAAUUACAGCUGGAUGAGCUUUAUCUGUAUUGGGGCCAUCCUGGUCUUUGUGGCCUUCUUUGAAAUUGGCCCAGGCCCCAUUCCCUGGUUUAUUGUGGCUGAACUCUUUGGCCAGGGACCCCGCCCAGCUGCCAUGGCAGUGGCCGGUUGUUCCAACUGGACCUCCAACUUUUUGGUUGGACUGCUCUUCCCCUCGGCCACGUUCUACUUAGGUGCCUACGUUUUCAUCGUCUUCACUGUCUUCCUCGUUAUCUUCUGGGUCUUCACCUUCUUCAAAGUUCCUGAGACCCGUGGCAGGACUUUUGAGGAAAUUACACGAGCCUUUGAAGGGCAGGUGCAGACAGGAACCCGCGGUGAGAAAGGCCCCAUCAUGGAGAUGAACAGCAUCCAGCCCACGAAGGACACCAAUGCCUAAGACGUGCCUCCUACCCACCUCCCUCCCGUCACGAAAAGCAACCUCCCCCUGAACAAGCGGGGAGACCUCAUCAGGUUGUAACCCAGGACUGUUUUCUGAAUGCUGCUACUCCAUUCCUUUCUCAUCCACAUACUCGAUGGGCGCUCAGAGGAUCCCAAAGCUGGGGUUAGUCGUUGUGUUCAAUGGCUUUUAAAAUUUUCAUUUCUUGGACAUUCUCUUCAGUCCAGGAGAGACCAAGUAAACCUACCUUCAUUUCAGGAGGGAUUGGCCACUUGGUAUGUGACAACUUGGCCAGCUCUCGCUCCCUUAGGUUCUAAAAUUGCCUCAAGGCAUUUUUGGGAAUGGGCUAGAAGGUGCCAUUCCUCCAACCUCAGACUCACCAGGAAGCAGGUACACUUAAGAGUGGAGGGCAGAGAGGGAUUCCAUAAGAGCUCCUUCUUCACUUCCGUACAGCUCUGCUGAGCAAAUUAACUUGAGUUUUAUUUAUUUUAUCUUCUGGUUUUAUUGCAUAAAUAUUUAUUUUUUUAAAUAUAAAGUAAUUUUACCAAAUAAUGAAAGCAUAAGGAAAUUGAAGUUAGAGGGAGGUGCUUCAAGAGAGGUUAUAGGGUGGAAGAUUUGAUACCGAAGAGGUUAAGGUGCAAUAAGGGAAGGAUUUAGGGAGAAAGGUCAUGCAUGAUUGAAGGAUGCAUGAUGUGGUGUGUGAGGUUUGCACGUUGCCUCUUAAAACAAUUCCUAUCCUUCAGAUAAAAACUCUCAACUUUCUCAGAAAAGUCAUGUGCCUGUAUAAAGAAGCUAUUGGUUUCCUUUGGAACUUUUUUCUUCGUUUAAGAUUAUAUGUAGUAUUACUUGAAAUCUAGGAUUAUUGCUAAGGUGGGCAUUUUAGUUAAUAGGGGUUUAUGGGUUCUAAUUUUGGAUGGAGUCCAGAGAAGGGACGGUUAUUUCUACAAAUCCUCUCUCCCCUCACUGGACCAAGCAACUUCUUUCUCUGUAGUAAACUCACUUUUAUAAAAAAAAAUUCCUAUCACCCAUCUGGUGGGAGAGCCUCCCAAGUGAGCAACCAAAAAUCUUGGUUCUUGGUAGAGGUUCAUUUUUUCUUCAGUUUGUUGUUUAGAGGAUUUUAGAUGUUGACUUUUAUUUUGCUUUAAGCCAUAGCUUUAAAAGAAGUUAGAGAUGUUUAUAGCUAACUUGGAAUUUGUAACCUCAGCGCUGGAAGACAAUUUUUUUUUUCCUGAACGAUUAUUAUCCAGUUGACGUGUGUUGAUACAUGAGAGUCAUCUCAUGCUUGUUUAUGUCUGUUUACCAUGUCAAGUUACCCUUGUUACCACGUUACCAUAGUGUUAUGUCAGGUGUCCCCUGAGGGACUUGAACUUUCCUGUAGACCACACGUGACAGUCUGUGUGGAUGUGCGGUAAGGCCCACACAUGAGCGUGAAUGUGUGUGCAUCGUCACGAAGCAGUUGCUGGUUAUCUUGUUAGGUUCCUAAGGCCCCUAUUGGGUAUAAAGUGUUCAGACUUGUGUAUAUGUAAACAAUACUGCCUCUGCUGGGUGGAAUCUGCAUCAGUGGUUUUCUUUGAAGUUCCAUCUCAUCUGGCUGCCUUUCCUUGUUGGAGAGGACAGAGAGAACUCCCUAAAUGUUGAGACUGAGAGUGGAGGACUCACUCUCCACUCAGACAGCAGGAGAAGACAGGAAAGAGUGUGAGACCAGGACAUGGUGCCUCCUGGGUGCGCUGGAAGGGCGUCAUGGGGGAGAGGAAGGCAUUCUUAAGGGGACAAUAGAUCUGGGGUGGCCAGAGGGUUUGCUGAGAUGGAGGGAUUGCAUUUGCCGCAGCCCACGGCCACCUCCAGGAUCAUCCAGUAUUUUUAGAAGUGGAGACUGGGCUCUUCAUCCCUCCUUCAUAUGUUACUUGAUCUCCCUCUCCCUCUUUGGUGCUUACAUAUUUCAAGCCCUUCAGUCAAACCCUUGCCGAUGACAGUAUUUUGGUUCUAAGUUCUCACCAUUCCUUCUGGUUGCUGAGGCUUUGGGUACAAAACUCGCAGAGCCUUGGGACAGGGCUUUGCCAUGACGGGAGACUGUCCUCCAACUGCACCUCUGCUCCAGCUCAGACCAGUGGGUUGGCAGUGGUGCAGCAUGGAAUUUUUCCCAGUUCUCAGUGACCAGGUUGUGAAUAAUUUCCAAAUGGAUUUUUUCUAUUAUUGUUACUACGGUUCUUUGUUUUGAAAUAAAAUUCUGAAUGUACAUAAUAUAACA